UAAACUACUUUAUAAUGGUAAUAUGAUUAGCCUAUUGGGCUAAAUAAGAACAAGUUUCUUUGUCAAGAGGGCCACAUCUUGUUGCCUUCGCAAACAUAUUCUUUAUUUUGAAAUGCAACUGUAAUACAUCAAUUAAAACAAUAUACCCUUUACAUAUGUUUAUAACUAAACCACAGGCAUAAUAUAAAUCAAUUAAAACUAAAAAUAUAUUUUGUAGUCACUACUUGCCAUUUUAAGCACUCCUCGUAAGGUCACAUUAAUUUGUAUAUAACGUUUGUUUAUUUUCAAUGGAUCCGCAAGUGACUAUCCAUAGAUACUACAGCCGGCAGGCCAAAUAUGCCGGUUAUACAGAUGCAGACUUGGAACUUCUAAUCCAGCGCUGUGGGGGAGAUGUAGUGCGCAUGGAAUUGGUUAACCGACAGCAUGGUGCCCAGUUGCGGAGGCAGCUUCGUCGCCUGCUUUUGCUAAUCUCCUUAUCAAUAGCAUACUUUGUCGGUGUUUGUGGCUUCGGGAGCAGAUCCUUGGGAAUCCUGCAGCCUAGGAUACUUUAUCCCCUACUGACCUGCGUAUCCGUGUCAGUAUUAUUGGUCCGUUCCCUGUUGAACUUGGUGCAGACGGAGCGUUUAUUUUAUAGCUGGGACAUGGCGUUGCAAACGGAAACAGUGCGAUCGUUCGGUAGAGAAGAGGUUCUCUGCGUUGAGCGGGGCAAUAUCCAAGACAUUGUUCUUAACGAAGUCAUUGAAGAUUUGGAUGUCAAAUACAUAUUGAUUUUGAGAACCAAAGGUAGUAUUUUUAAGAGUCGGCCUAUUAUUCCUAUAUUCAACAACCAGUCUCCCUCGUUCGAAUGCCUGCAACAUGUUCAUAAGACUCUCUAUGGCUACUGGCUGAACAGUACCAAGAAUGAUGAUUGAGAAAACUUCUACAGCAUCGACAAGCCUUCCAUGGUAUCCUUGAAAACCUCCUCCAAUUUGCUUAGCUGUCGAAUUGGUCAUUAAAGAUUAUUUCUAUGUA